AUGCCUUGGUUUUUGAAGAAGCGGUGGCUCGACGUCGAGGGGACCCAUGUCACUGUGGACGUUCGUGGCAUUUGGAAUUCGGACGUCAAGGCACGAGAGUCCUGCCCUCCAGGAAACCCGCUGGUCAAGCUGGCGACGUUCAAUGGGCCGUUCAACCAGCCGGAGUACCAGCCGUGCUUCGAGCUCCUUUGCCCGAUUGUCGAGGCCUUGUCGAAGAUCGAUGGUCGUUCGAUCCUGCAGAUCAUCUGCUCACACGGCCGCAAUCGGUCUGCGACACUCGGCGUGGGUUUGUCGGCGGUCUACGACAUUCCGGUGUGGCUUCCGACUUUCGGGGGCCUUCAGAAGGAAUGGUGGGCGAUCGCGAAGUUGCCGGACGACGUCAUGGGGUCGCUCAAGCAGUACCAGGCGGUCGCUCGUGGCCCCGUGCCGCCGCCUACGGCCCCGCCGUUCGACGGUGCCGGCCGCGACUACGGCCACGGCGUUUUCGAUCCCAAUGGCUUGGAGGGGUCGAUGCCGUCGGUCGGGAAUGCGGUCCUCGAUGCCGUUCGUUUGGACGUUUGGAAAGUGGCACCGUCGGUCCUCAUCGAACUGGACCAGCUCCAAAUCGACGAGCGUUGCAUGCGGUCGGUCGCGAACCUGGCCGGCCACAGUGACGACGGGGCGAAGUUCGUGCGGGAGCUCUUCCAGGUCAUUCAGCGCGAGAACUCCGACCGCUCGCAGUACGACAACCCGGCGGCCGCCAUCACGUCGGCCGUUCGUAAGGAGCUGGACCGCCUUCGCCCAAACAUUCCAGGACUGCCGGGCAGCAGCGGCGACCGCCCUCCGGCUAACCUCGGGCCACAUGCUCGGGCGGUCAAUCGAGGGCCUCCUCCUGGUCCGCCGCCCCGAGAUUUCGCGGACGAUCGCCGUGCCCCGGAGCCCCGGCCUUUCUACGACGAUCGUCAGUUCUACGACGAUCGUCGUGGCUAUGCUCCGGACGAUCGUCGCUAUGAUCCUCGGGACGAUCGCCGCUAUGGCCCUCCUCCGGACGAUCGCCGUGACGAUCGUUACGACGAUCGCGAUCGUCGUCCCUAUGGCCCACCGGACGAUCGCCGUGACGAUCGUUGGGCGAACUAUCGCCCCCCGGGCCGCCGCCACUACGAGGAUGACGAGCGGCUCUCGGACCCGGGGCACCCCAGUCGUCCGGCGCCUCACUGGCUGGACCGUCGUGGCGAGCCCGCACCAGGGCCACAUGAUCGUUGCUCCACCAUUUUGCCACAGCGGCCGUUCGUGGAGCCAAAUUUUGGCGACAACCGGGCACGUGCCCGUGCCAUGCAAAGCAGCCGAAAAAGGUGCUGGGCCGUUCGAUGUCGAAGCAGGCCGGUUCUGGAGAAGCGGGCGAGCAUGGGCAACAAGAGGGCGGUUGCCGUUCGCAAGCAGCAGGAGAAGGCGGCCGUCCGGAGGAGGCAGAAGGAAGAGAAGCUCGCCAAGCGUAACGAGAAGACCUUCGCCAAGAGCUUGGCCAACUUCCACGAGUCGUCGUUCGAGCGAGCCAGGGCGUUCGUCGACAGCCAGCUCGACGAUAACCCGGCUUGGAUCCGCCCUCUGGCGGAUCUAAUCCGGGAUGGCGCCCUCCAAGCCUUGCUGAAGUCUCCCGGGGCGACCGGCGAUCAGUCAGGCAGAUCGGCGGGUCCAGAGAAAUGGGUCGGGAAGGCCAAGUCGUUCGGCGAGUUGCCCGACGAAGUCAAGGUCUUCAUGCUCGAGGCCAUCGGCGUGCGAAUGUCCGAGACGGGGGUUCCGGCGGACGUUCUGAACGGCUUCUUCUCGAUUCAGUUCUUCGUCCACGAGGACGUCCCAUUGCCUGCAGGGUCUAGGUCGUUCGAGGUCUUGGAGAAGCUGGCCAAGGAGCGGUUCGCUGCCUUGAACAACCACAAGGUGGCCCCGUCCGUCGACAAGGACUUCGACGGCAACUGCUGGGCACUCGACGACGGUUCCGUGACUUUCGCCCUGACCGGCGACGUUCAGAAGCUCCCUGCCCUCUCGGAGAAGGACGUUUGGGUUUUGGACCAUCAGGACUGCCCAAGCGGCCGAGUCUACUCGCAGGCCAACCCAGCAGUGGCGUUCGAGUGCCGGACGUUGUUCCCGGAGGUUCGGGAGAUUGAUCCGAAAGCCAAGUGGGCGUUGAAGAAGGCCAAGAAGGACUGA